UUAAAUGCCAAAACAGAGAGAAAGAGAGAGACUCUCUCUCGCUCUUCUCCGUCCAUCGGGCUUUGCUGUCUCUCUCUCCUCGUCGAUCCCAAAUCUGCUAGGGAUAUUUAUUCGUUGCAAUUCUGAGGCUUAUAGAUCGGCCUGAAGCUUUUGUUUCCGGAAUUUUUUAAAAAAUUGUUUGUUUUUCCUGGCAAUCAGGAAAGCUGAAAAAAGAUGGACCAUGAUAAGACUGGAUGCCAAGCUCCCCCAGAAGGUCCUAUAUUAUGCAUUAACAACUGUGGAUUUUUCGGGAGUCCAGCUACCAUGAACAUGUGUUCCAAGUGCCACAAGGACAUGAUGCUGAAACAGGAGCAGGCCAAGCUUGCAGCAUCUUCCAUAGGAAAUCUUAUGAAUGGGUCAUCAAGUAGCAGUGGAAAUGAACCUGUUAUUGCUGCCAAUGUGGAUAUUCCAGUCAAUUCAACAGAACCAAAAGCUAUUUCCACGCAACCUUUAUCUGCUUCAGUCUCAGAGGAGAGUGGUGAGGCAAAGCCCAAGGACGGUCCAAAACGUUGCAGCAGCUGCAAUAAGAGGGUUGGUUUGACAGGAUUUAAUUGUCGAUGUGGUAACCUUUUCUGUGCCGUACAUCGCUACUCAGACAAGCAUGACUGCCCGUAUGAUUACCGUACUGCUGCACGGGAUGCUAUAGCGAAAGCGAACCCAGUUGUGAAGGCCGAGAAGCUUGAUAAGAUCUAGGUUUGGUGUGUUGAAGUUUCAUGCCCUGCGAUGCUGUUAUGCUGAAUUUCAUGAUGAGAUGUUCCGAGUUUCCUGCAUAUUUUUAGUGGUGUUCUUAUUAUAUUGUUAUGUGAGGGGGGACUUGGAGUUAUAGGACAUCUCUGCAGUUUGAAGGACUCUAUUUCAUGUGAUUGGCGAAAAUAUAUGCCCGAGUGUUUUUAAGUUCUUUAAAUGUCUGCUGGUUUUGGUGGGUGUUGGUGGUGUUAGUACUUAGUAACACUGUAAUGCGUCUACUUUGUUCCCUAUCUCUGUAGUAGUACAUGUCAGAAUGGUAUGUGCAAUUUACAGAUGAUUUAAGGAGCAUCCAUGGAUGUUCGGCUAGAUUGUAAAUUAUUAUUAUUAUGGUUUCAUGCCUAUCUAUGAAUUUCACGGUAACAAAUGUA